UUCAGAAACAGAGAUAAAAUUUCACGCAGAAAAUUCAGAAAAAUUCCACUGAAAUUGCCAAAAUAUUCACAGAAUAUGAGCGAUGGAGAAAUUCUCUCCCGUUCUUCCUCAAUCCCACUUGACAUUAACUCCCUUCGAAGUCGAAUUGGGGAGCUCAGAGGUUUUUAUGAAAAUUCGUAUAAUGGCGCUGAAAAUAGCCUGGAGGAGACGGAUAAAUUACUGAAGGAGUGUGCUCAUGAGCUUGAGAAGAAAAUCAAUCAAGUAGUCUCGGAGUCUUUGCAAUUAAGCUUGUUACCAGAUGAAGACCUAGGUGAUCUUUUUCAGCGUUUAAAGACUGAACUAAGUGCAGUGGAGGGUGAAAAUGCGAAAAUUGAUAGUGAAAUCGAUGAGCUUACGAGGAUAUAUAUGGAAGAUUAUAGCAAUUUGGGCAGUGAGCUAGAGGGAAUAAACUGUUCACUGAAUUUCAUUGAAUCGCAGAGCCUUGAGAAAGCAAAAAGCGAUAUGCUUACAGAUUGCUGUGACCAAACAGAGGAUGAAACAAACAUGUCUGCACACAAAGACACAAAAUUUAAGAUGCUGGAACUCAGUCAUCAGAUUGAGAAUAACAAGAUGACACUGAAGUCAUUGCAGAAUCUAAACUGCAUUCUUGAGAGGUUUGAAGCUGUAGAAAAAUUCGAAGAUGCAUUGACAGGUGUUAGAGUAAUUGAAUUUGAAGAAAACUGCAUUAGAUUGUCGCUGAAGACAUACAUUCCAAAUUUUGAAAGCAUUAUUAGCCAGCAAAAGAUAGAAGGUGCCAUCGAUCCAUUAGAACUGAAUCAUGAAUUGAUAGUAGAAACUGUAGAUGGAACCUUGGAACCAAAAAAUGUUGAGAUUUUCCCAAAUGAUGUAUACAUAGGCGACAUUGUUGACGCUGCGAAAUCGUUCAGGCAACUUUUUUCUCCAUUGUCAGUCAACGACAACAGGUCUUCUUUGGAGUGGUUUGUAAGAAGGGUACAAGAUAGAAUUUCUCUUUUCUCACUUAGGCGAUAUGUGGUGAAGAGUGCAAAUACGUCGAGGCACUCCAUCGAAUACUUGGAUAGAGAAGACAUGAUAGUAGCACAUAUGGUGGGUGGGGUUGAUGCUUUCAUAAAGUUGUCUCAAGGCUGGCCGUUCUUAAACUCAGCAUUGGAAUUAAUAUCACUCAAGAACUCGAGUCAGUCCUCAAAGGAAAUUUCUUUGAGCUUCCUUUGCAAGAUUGUGGAAGUGGCAAACUCGUUGAAUGCUAACUUGCGUCAGAACAUAUCGAGCUUUUUGGACAGUAUAGAAGAAAUACUGAUGCAACAAAUGCGCGAAGAGUUAGUGCCUCGAAGUGACUUUCUCAGUCAUGCUCAUUCAUCAUGCUACAAACUACUCUAGACUAGAUGGAUCUCCGCCUUUGCUAGUUAGUAUCUUCUAGUUGUUAUUACCGAAUAACUUUUGUUAAAUAAGCUUCAUAAUGAAAUUUGAAGAAGACAACCAAUUUACGUGUUUAGUUGUGUUGUUUGUUGAAGCAAUUUAUUUAAAAACCUAUGUCAUUUCGAGAGUUUACACAUGACAACCUUGAAACUGCAUUAUAGUUGCUUCA